AUGAACACCGACCAGCCAGAGGCGCCCUCCGCAGCAUCCCCGCCAACCUCACCUCCUGCCAAGCGAGUCAAAGUCGAUACAGUGCCCAUCAUGGCCGAUCAGAACACCGCAACUACCCAACCGGCCACCACCACCAUCGAGCAGGCACCCCCGCUUUUGAUCAAGAAACUUUCCGACAAGGCGCGCCUCCCCACCCGCGGCAGCGCCUUCGCGGCGGGCUACGACCUCUACGCUGCCAAGGAGACCAUCAUCCCGGCCCGGGGCAAGGCGCUCGUGGAUACUGACAUCAGCAUGGCCGUUCCCGCUGGCACUUACGGUCGCAUCGCACCACGCUCCGGACUCGCGGCCAAGCACUUUAUCGACACCGGCGCCGGCGUCAUCGAUGCCGACUACCGCGGCCAGGUCAAGGUUCUUUUGUUCAACCAUGCCGACGCCGACUUCAAGGUUGAGGAGGGUGACCGCGUCGCCCAGCUCGUCAUAGAGCGCAUCUACACGCCCGAGGUGGUAGAGGUGCAAGAGCUUGAGGAGAGCGUGCGUGGUGCCGGUGGCUUCGGAAGCACGGGCCGUAGCUGA